AGUAGUUGUCGCCAGAAUAGUUUAAUUCUUAUAAUGGUUUUUCCAAGAAAAACCACGGAGAAUGAUUGGUAUUUUCUAAGAAAAACCACGGAGAAUGAAUGGUGUUCUCUGUAUGAAAGCCGAAAAGGUUGUUAUACCUUGCUGCGCAGUUAUGUUAUCGAUGCGUAUCGGAAUUCCAUUGCUUGGCGGGAAAGGAAGAAAGCCGCGAGGAGGGAGGCGGCUGUUGGAGUUGGCAUCCCCCAGGUUCAGCAUGGUAAACCAAGGCUCUAAAGUAGCACAGCGCAAGUAGUGGCUUGGGAAUUCUGCCUUGACAACAUGUCAAAAAUCAAGGUUCCGAACAGUAACGUUCCCCUGACUUCAGUGAGUUCAAAUCGCCAGCUUCUCUCUGUUGGAUCUAAAGAUGGUGAAUCGGUCAUAGAAACACCUCAAAAGAAGGGAAAGGGCCAGAAAGAUGGCGAUAAAGAAAGUCGGAAGCCGGAGAUCCGUUUAAUGCAUCUCGUAAAGAAUGGGGAUGUGGAGGCGGUGGAGAGACAACUUAUGCAAAAUAUGUCAUUGGACAGCUUUGACAUCAACCACAAUUUUGUCUCUGGGUUAACUGUCCUGGAGCUGGCGGUCACUCUGGAGGACAUUCCAAUGGUCAAGACUCUACUGACCUUUCCUGGCAUAUCUGUUAAACAGGCCCUCCUGCACGCUGUGAGACUCAGUAACCUGGACUUGGUGAAAAUAUUUUUAAGUCACCAAAGUGAUGAUGACGUGUUUGCCAGUGGCCCCGCCCCUACCAGCCCUACCACCAUGCUGAAAACUAAAGCCAGCCUGUACGACAGUAUCGAGUAUUUCUCUGCAGACAUGACACCUCUGAUGCUGGCCUGCCAUCUGGAUGACAAACCUAUCAUUAACGUACUCAUGCUGAAGGGGCACUCCUUGCAGAAACCCUGUAUGCCUCGAUGUAAAUGUGAGAAAUGCCUGCAGACAGGGAGUGUGCCAUUGGAGGAGUCUCUGGCCCAGCUCAACCUCUACAAAGCCUGGUCCUGCCCUCACAGUCUCAUACACAUGGGUGAUGAUCCCAUCUUUGAGGCUUUCCACAUGAGUCAUUUGAUGAAGGAGAGGUCUAUGGAGGAGCCAGAAUUCAAGGAUGACUACAUUGCCUUGUCUGCAAAACUCCGAAUGCUGGCUGUAGAUUUCCUCGGCGAAUGCCGCUCCCAUAAAGAGGUUGAAUUCCUGCUGCAGAGACAGAAAGGAGCAAAGGAGUACAAGAUUAGCAAACCCAAGAAAUGGUGUCGUCUCCGACUUGCAAUUCACUUGGAGCAAAAAGAGUUUGUAGCCCAUCCCCACUGCCAGCAGGUGUUGCGUCAAAUCUGGAUGUCUGGCUUUGAACACUGGAGGCAAGGCUGGCGUCUUAAGAUUAUGCUCUUAUUGCUACACUUGGUCAUGUUUCCUGUUUCGCCAUUCUUGUUUUUCUGUGUGCCGGGCAAGAAGAUAAAAGAAUACUGGCGCAGACCAAUUUCAAAAUGCCUGAAUGAGCAGAUCUCAUAUGUCAUCUUCAUGAGCCUUCUUCUCCUCGAUAUCAUGUACUUUUGUCCUUUUAUUGACAAAGACCAUCGUCCAGGAAAUUUGGUCCAGUGGAUCAUCGCAAUUUGGUCACUUACAUCUGUAAUCAACUUGUUAAAAGAGGCUGGUCACCAGAGACUUGAUUUCAAGAAGUUUUGGAUUAAUAUUUAUGAUCUUGUGAUGUUUUUUCUGAUGUUUGCCUCUGUUCUUUGUAUGCUGGUUAGAUCACUGCUGGCUAAGGAGUGGUUGGAGGAGCAAGAUAUAAAUAAUGGUGGGGGUGAAGUUGAUGCCUCAACCUUACAGAUGUUGCAGCAUUAUUUGGAGUACAUUCCCCCUAGGCACCUGUGGCAAUGGUACGAGCCAUUUCUCUGGAUGGAGAGUGGUUACGCCAUUGCUAUCAUCCUGGCAUUUGCACGCAUUAUAUAUUUAUUCUUGCUGACAGUAACUCUAGGACCAAUGCAACUGGCUCUUGGACGAAUGAUGGCAGACAUCACCAAGUUUCUGUUCCUGUUUUGCAUCAUGCUGAUGGCAUUUGCCUUGGGACUGAUGAAGAUCUAUGGUUUCUACAAAGGACACCAGCGCACAGACGAGGACGGGACUACGAGAGAGCAGGAGGAAGGCCUUGUGUCUUUACGGAACACCCUGAAGACCCUAUUCUGGACCAUCUUUGGCAUGGUAGAGCUGUCAACAGCUGAUGUGGUGGUUGGUGGUGAAAACAGUACUGUCACAGUCAAGCACUAUAUUACAGAGAGUGCAGGGUUUAUUGUGUUUGGGCUGUACCAUGUGAUUGCAAUCAUACUGCUUCUUAAUAUGCUGAUUGCUAUGUUAAACAGUUCUUACUCGCAAAUCGAGAACAAUUUGGAUCUUGAAUGGAAGUUUGCCCGUUCUCGGCUUUGGAUGUGUUAUUUUGAGAAAGGCACCACCCUCCCUCCUCCAUUUAACAUCCUCCCAAGCCCAAAGAACAUCAAAAACCUAUUCCUGUGGAUGCAGUACAGAUGGUGCUCAGAUUCGGAUGAGAUCAGGCCUCUUUGGAACACAACCAGGUGUUUUUACUUGGAAAAGAAGUCUGAAAUUAAGGAAGAAGACAGAAAGACGCAGCUUUAUGAGAGAUUUGUGAAGCUUCUAUACCUCCGUUACUGCAAUCGCAGGACACUGCACGCAGAAAGCGAAAACAGUGUAACACAGAGUGACUUCAAGCAACUUCUCCAAAUGGUGAAGAACAUUAAAAGUUGCAGUUGUGAUGGAAAAGAAAAGAGUAAUGUGACAAGAAUACACAAAGACUUAAAUGAUAAUGUUGCAACCCCGAGAUCAAAAAAGAAGAUCAUUCCACUUCCUGAAGUAAAACUGUAUGAUGAAGAUAACAACCAAGUGGACGAGGUGGCCUGAAACUUCUUACAGAUAUCAUUAACACACGGAACUUAGAGAUUACAUUGUUACAUAAAACAAAUUUAUUUACAAGAUAUCUAAACAUAUUUUUUUUACGAUAUGUGCAAGAGUAAUUUUCAUUAAAAUGUCCAGCAUGGCUCCCAGCAUUAUAUUAGAUGGACAAAGUUAAAAAGGUAUGGCACCGUUGGAUUUCCUUGUUAUAUGAAACGGGCAGUUCCAAUGGUAUGUGAAAGAUGGAGUUUUUUUUAAGCAAAGGAGAUAAACUCCAAUGAUAUAUAAAAGAUAGGAGUUCAAUAAGAAAA